AUUUCCCUUUUUCAAAAAAAAAAAAAGGACUAUAAAGAUGAUAAUCACCGUGGGUUUGGUUCGAUUUCAGAGUCGUUAAGGAGAGAACUCUAGCUAGCCUAUCAUUUUCAAUUGUACAUUCGGAAUCAUGGCAAAAGAAAACGUUUCUGCUCUCAAUUUUGCGGAUGAUUUCUACCUUUCUUUGCUCUUCGAUGAUGAAGAACAACAGGAAGUCGUCUUUCCGUUUUCCGACGCCAAAUACGCCGAGGAGCUGCAGUUCCAGGAGGCUCUAAUAGGUUCUGUGAUCAAUUUUCACAUGAAGAAGAAUAACCCAUCAUCGGUUUUGAUGAUUGAAGCACCUCCCAGGCAAAAUCUCCUGGAAGUUGGUCAGUGGUCCCUCAGGUUCAGCCAGAUUUGUGCGGAAAUGAAACAUAGUGAUCAAAUGUUCGAAACUGAGAGAUGUGUUCACUCUUAUUGCUCCGACUGUAUAAGCAAACAUGUGGCUGCAAAGAUUCACGAUAGCGUUACAAUCAUUACUUGUCCAGGAUUGAAUUGCAAGGCUGUGCUUGAACUGGACACUUGCAGAGCUAAGCUCUCCAAGGGAGUGAUUGAUCGUUGGGAGGAAUCGCUCUGUGAGGAGCUAAUCAGUGCAUCGCAGAGGUUUUACUGCCCAUUUAAGGAUUGUUCAGCCAUGUUGGUGGCCGACAAUGAAGGAGAAGCCAUUAGGGAAGCUGAGUGCCCCUUCUGCCACAGAUUGUUCUGUGCUCGUUGUUAUGUCCCUUGGCAUUCUGGGGUAGAGUGUGAGGUGUUUCAGAGUCUGAAUGAGGAUGAAAGAGGAAGAGAAGAUCUGAUGUUUAUAGAAAUUGCUAAGGAUAAGAAAUGGAGUAGAUGUCCCCAUUGCAAAUUCUACGUGGAAAGAACAGAUGGCUGCCCACAUAUGAUUUGCAGGUGUAAGUUCGAGUUUUGCUAUGGCUGUGGAUCGGAAUGGACACAAAGUCAUGGUGGUUGCCAGAGAAACUAGCUUGGCUGGAGAAAGCGUGAGAGUGGUAUGCAUUUACAAUGUUAUAUAGGUACAAUAAAACUCUAGGAAGUUGCUGAAGUUGUGCGUGAAGAAAGUAGUGAAGGAGAUAAUGGCAUUUGAAUAGGUAGAAAAGCAAAAUGCACUAAUCUAUGGCCCUAUCAUGGUCCCUUUAUUUUAAGUGACAACUGUUUGCUUACUAUUUGAUGCAGUUGAUUUUCACAUAUUUA